UGUUUAUAGGGAGAGUAUCCCUUGCUGGUGGAGCUGCAUCAGGGAGGCAGUUUAGUUUGGUAAACAUUGGUGGUUGGAAACAACUGGAUAAGAAGCAGUAUGAAGCGGAUUUUAGUAUACAUAACUCCUUGACUAACGGAAAUACUAGCAAAAGUGUCCAACUUUGUAGUAGAACAAUUGCACUACAUUACCUGUGUUGAGGGGGGGAAGAUAGACGCAAACAAAAUGGCGGAUAAGCAACAGCUGCGGUAUUAAAGCUUCAGCAGCGCGAGGAAUUAAAUCAGCUGUUUUGGAACAGACUGCAAUUUGGCUUAGGCGGGUUGACAUGAAAACUUCAAGAAACAUGAUUCCAUGUUGACCUUGACUGUACAUUGUGGUUAGCAUUAUUUCCUAGAAUGUCCAGUUCGGGCUACCCUUCAAGUCAGGGAGCAUUUAGUACAGACCAGAACCGCUAUUCAGCCCACUCUGUUCAGUAUGGCUAUGCAGGUACACGACAUCAGCAGGAAUUUGCUGUUGCAGAUUAUCGGACUGCUCACCUUCAAGACAUUACUCAGUCAUCACAACUUCUCCAACAGCAGCCUCUUCGUCGAAGGCCUUCACUGCUUUCAGAAUUUCAUCCAACUGGCACAGACAGACCUCAAGAAAGAAGAGCAGGAUAUGAGUCUUUCCAUCAGUCAUCUCAUUCAGAACAUGAAAUGCUGGAUUGUAAACGACCGCGCCUUGAGCCGAUACCAGAGUCUCAGUACCAGCGUGCAGGUGGCUCUAGUGCAUCCUCUGCCUUGACCCUAGCUCACAACACAACAGAAGGAUUUCGAGGUGCUGCAGAUGUUAAGAAGGAGUCUGCAUUUUCAUUGAAGUCUGAAGCUGCAUCUUCUCCACUGUCCACACAGGCUAGUGGAGAGGACCAAGAUGCUUCUCCCUCAAAGCUAUCUAAAGAGGAGCUCAUACAGAGUAUGGAUCGUGUUGACAGAGAAAUUGCAAAAGUGGAACAACAGAUUCUUAAACUUAAGAAGAAACAGCAACAACUUGAGGAAGAAGCAGCUAAGCCAUUAGAGCCUGAGAAGCCAGUCUCACCACCCCCUGUGGAACAGAAGCACCGUAGCAUAGUCCAGAUUAUUUAUGAUGAAAACAGGAAAAAAGCGGAAGAAGCUCACAGAAUUUUGGAGGGGCUUGGUCCAAGAGUUGAACUGCCACUUUACAACCAGCCAUCUGAUACAAAAGUGUACCAUGAGAACAUCAAAACGAACCAAGUAAUGAGGAAAAAGUUAAUCCUGUUUUUUAAAAGAAGAAAUCAUGCACGAAAGCAGAGGGAACAGAAGAUCUGCCAACGCUAUGACCAGUUAAUGGAAGCCUGGGAGAAGAAAUUAGACAGGAUUGAAAACAACCCACGCAGGAAAGCAAAAGAGAGUAAAACCAGAGAAUACUACGAGAAGCAGUUUCCAGAAAUACGGAAGCAGCGUGAACAGCAAGAGAGAUUUCAGAGGGUUGGUCAGAGGGGGACUGGUCUUCCUGCAACGAUUGCUAGAAGUGAGCAUGAAAUUUCAGAAAUCAUCGAUGGACUUUCUGAACAAGAGAACAACGAAAAACAGAUGCGUCAGCUGUCUGUUAUUCCACCUAUGAUGUACGAUGCAGAACAGCGUCGUGUGAAGUUUAUCAACAUGAAUGGCCUCAUGGAGGACCCCAUGAAAGUUUACAAGGAGAGACAAUUUGUGAAUGUAUGGACAGAGCAUGAAAGAGAGAUAUUCAAAGAAAAACCAGGAGGAGGAGGAUAUGCACUUCAACAGCUAAACUUGAUAGAGCAACAGAUUUCCUUAUGUGAUUCUUUACUAGACAUUGUUGUGCAGACAAGUGAAGGGCAUCUUGGAAGGCCUGCCUAUCUUAAUGUAAAGACUGUUGCAGACAGUGUUUUGUUUUAUUACUUGACAAAGAAAAAUGAAAACUACAAAGCACUUGUAAGGAGAAACUAUGGGAGACGUAGAGGAAGAAAUCAGCAACAGAUAACUCGUCCUUCACAAGAAGAGAAAGAACCAGAAAAACUACAAGAAGAAGAAAAGCCAGAAAAAUCUGAGAAAAAAGAGGAGGAGGAAAAGAAGGAGAAAGAGGAGGAAGAAAAAGAUGAAAAGGAAGAACCAAAGGAAGCCCCUAAAGAGAAGGAAAAGCCAGAGCUUCCAGUUGAGGAGGUUGAAGAGAAAGAGCAUUCCACACCACGGGGACGCAAAACUGCUAAUAGCCAAGGUCGACGCAAGGGUAGAAUUACAAGAUCAAUGGCAAAUGAAGCUGCUGCUGCAGUUGCUGCUGCUGAAGAAACACCACCACCUCCACCUCCACCACCUCCUGAACCCAGGUUAGUGGAGCAUGGACGAAAUUGGGCAGCAAUCGCUAAGAUGGUAGGCACCAAAAGUGAAGCUCAGUGUAAAAAUUUCUACUUCAACUACAAAAGAAGGCAUAAUCUUGAUACUCUUCUUCAGCAGCAUAAACAGAAAUCUUCACGGCGGUCAAGAGAGGAACGGGAUGUGUCACAGUCUGAAAGUAUAGCUUCCACAGUGUCUGCCCAAGAAGAUGAGGAUAAUGAGGUGUCAAAUGAAGAAGAAAACCCAGAAGAUAGCGAAGGUGCUGACAAUAGCUCAGAUACAGAGAGUGCACCAUCUCCAAUGGAAAUUAGCAAGACUAGUGAGGAAGGACCCGAAAAUGCCACCUGUAAGUUGCAACCUACUGAAAACUGUACCGCUGAAGCUGAUUCUGCUAGCAGAACUACAACCAGCACUUCUACGUCCUCAGGCACACCUUAUGAGAAGCCCUCUGACACUGCAGGCAGUGAGCUGCAGAUUAAAGAAGAAUGUAAUCUUGAUGCAGAGGAGCCUAUGGAAUUUGAAGACCAAAGUCUAAAAGCUGAAGCCAAAACAGAUCAGUUGCUGCCUUUGUGCACCAAAGCAGAACCUCAGGAUAUGGAAAUGCAAUUACAGGAGGACAUCAAGAUCAAAGUGGAGGAGGAUGUCAAAGAGAAGGACUUGGAGAAACCCGAGGAUGUACCUGAAGCUGAGGACAUGCCAUUGGGUCUUUCUGAGCAAGUCACAAGGCCUGAGCCCAUCUCUGACAAUGACUCCAGUGCUACUUGUAGUGCAGAUGAGGAUGUGGAAGGUGAAUCCGAUAGGCAGAGAUUGUUUUCACCUGAUUCCAAAACUUCAGUGUUACAUCCUCAAGGUUCAUUGCUUGCAGCAUCUAUUAAAGUAGCUCAGAUGGAUCUCCAGCAGCUCCAUGAACGAGCAGCAGUGAUACCUCCGAUGGUUUCCAGUGGGCCAGGGAGCAUCUCUGUCGGUACUCCUUUAAGUGGCUAUACCCUGUAUCAGGGGCAUAUCAAGGCUAUGCAUGAAUCCACACUGCAGGAGGAACAGAGACAGCGGCAGGAUCAGAUGGAUUCAGAUCAGCACAGUUCAGUCAGUCCUCGUAUCGCAACCAGGAGUCCAUCCACCACAGACUGGGAAGGAAAACGUUCCUAUGCAGCAUAUGCUGAACUGAGGCGCAAUGUAGAUCAGGAAAGCUUGGUACAAAACAGAUCAGCGUCACCAUAUCGUAUAUCUCCUAGAGAAGCAAACAAAGCAUCACCACAGCCAGAUGGGACUGUACCCCGUUACAGUUUUCCUCCAAUACUUCAACCUGCUCCUAAUCAGAUACAAUCAAGCAUUGUAGAUGGAGUUCGGAUGCCAUUCACUAGACAUCAGAGACCUCUUAACAUUCCUUCUCCACCUCCGCUCAUUUCAUCCAGCAAACUUGUGCCUUCGGAAAAACCGGCAUUUAUAUCUGGAGGUUCAAUUUUACAGGGAACACCAGGCACCUACUUGCCUUCUAACAGUCAGACUCCCUUUAGCCAAGAAGCUCCAAAACCUUCUCCUGGUUCUGUGCCUUUGGGACUCCCAAGGCAGCAGGAAUCUAAGCCUGCAACUUCACCAUACAUAAAGCAAGAAGAGUUUUCUCCAAGGGGCCAGACUGCUCCUCCUGAAGGCUUAAUGUGCCGUGCUCAGUAUGAAGGUGUGGUUAGAGGUGGUCCUGUGACAACCAUCCAAGAGGGAAGUAUUACCAGGGGAACACCAACUAGCAAAGCUGCAAUGGAGACUGCUAUACCUUCUUCAAUGCGGGGUUCUAUCACUCAGGGUACUCCAGCCCUACAGCAAGGCCUCCCUCCUGAUGGGUUUAUAAAGGGAGCCGGUGCCAAACUUGGCCCUGAAGACAGCAGCCCAGAAAGAUCACGUGAAGAACCACAGUCCAAGGGGCACGUAAUUUAUGAAGGCAAGAAAGGACACAUUGUCUCUUAUGAUGCUAUUAAAAAUGCACGUGAUGGCAGCAAGAGUCCCAGGGCAAGUCAUGAUGUCAUAGGAGUGAAAAGAACUUAUGAAUUGAUGGAUGGAGGACUUACCCGAGGAUCAGUUGGGAGAGAGCCUCCUUCCCCAGUUGCUUGUGAAGGCUUAAUAAGCCGUGCAUUACCCAGAGGUAGUCCGCAUUCUUCAGAACAAAAAGAAAGACCAGUUCCAUCAGGUUCUAUAAUGCAAGGUACUCCUAGGGCAGCUGCUGAUUCAUAUGAUGAAGGACUGAAGUAUGGAAAACAGAUGAAACGAGAAAGUCCGCCCAUACGUUCUUUUGAAGGAGGCAUUACCAAAGGAAAACCAUAUGAUGGAGUGACCACCAUUAAGGAAACAGGCCGCUCUGUUCAUGACCUUCUGAGCCAGGAGAACAGAAAGACUCCUGAAGUAGCCCCAAAUGCACGGCCUGUCAUUGAAGGGUCUAUAACACAGGGAACACCAGUUAAAUAUGACAGCAGUGCCGCUUGCCAGUCUACUAUUAAACAUAAUGUGAAGUCCCUCAUCACAGGUCCCAGUAAGUCACAGCAUAGUCCUCUAGAGUUGAUGUCUGAGAGUGUGAAAGCAGCAGAAAGAGGGAAAUAUGAAGAUGUGAAGACAGUUGAUUCUGUGCGUCCUCGUCAUACUGUAGUUAGCUCAGGUCCAUCUGUUCUCAGGUCUGCACUUCAUGAAGCUCCUAAAUCUCAGCUGAGCCCAGGAGUGUAUGAGGACAACAGUGCACGAAGAACUCCAGUCAGCUAUGCAGGCUCAGUAUCAAGGAGCUCUCCAAUGAUGAGCAGAGCGCCGGAAGGUGGGAUAACUGCGGGAAAACCUACUAGCCAUGAAAGGAAGGCCACUCUAACUCCAACCCAAAGAGAGUGCAUCCCAGCCAAAUCCCCUGUCUCAGGAGUUGAUCCUGUGGCAUCGCACAGCCCUUUUGACCCUCUCCACAGAGGACAUCAACCUAGUGAAGUUUACAGGAGCCAUAUGACGCAUGCUUUAGAUUCAGCUCUGCCUUUCCACAGACCACUGGACCCAGCUGCUGCAGCUUUCCUGUUUCAGAGACAACUUUCUCCAACUCCAGGAUACCCAAGCCAGUAUCAGCUGUAUGCAAUGGAAAACACUCGUCAAACAAUCCUCAAUGACUAUAUUACCUCCCAACAGAUGCAGGUCAGCUUGCGUCCAGAUAUGACAAGGGUUCUUUCCCCGCGGGAACAGGCGCAAGCACAAACAUUAACCCUUCCAUAUCCACAAGGGACCAGAGGUAUAAUUGAUCUGGCUCAGAUGCCCCCUGCAAUUAUUGUACCUCAUCAAGGAGGAGCUAUUACACCACCUAUGGAAAGAAUCACCUAUAUCCCAGGUGGCCAGCUUUCAUUCCCAACCAGAGCUUACAACCCUGCUUCACCAGGUCACUCUGCUCACAUCGCUGCUUCAGUAGCUGAGAGAGAGCGUGAACGAGAACGUGAGAGGGAAAGGGAGAGAGAACGAGAGAGAGAGAAGGAGCGGGAACGAGAAAGAGAACGGGAGCAGAGAGAGAGAGAGAGGAUGGCUGCAACUGCAGCUGCAGUAGCAGCUUCUAAUGACCUGUAUCUUAGGCCUGGCACAGAACAGCCCGGAAGACCUGGAAGCCAUGGCUACAUACGUUCCCCAUCUCCAUCCAUGAGGUCUCAGGAUAAUAUUUUACAGCAGCGACCUAGCAUCUUUCAAGGAAGCAACAGCAAGGGUGUUAUAACUCCUCUGGACCCAGCUCAGUUGAGGAUCAUGCAGCAUACUACUGGUGCACCAUCUAUAACUCAGGGAUUGCCAGCUCCUCGCUUCAGUACUGCUGCAGAUGCUUUAGCUGCGCUUGUAGAUGCUGCAGUCUCUCCUCAGACUGAUGCCAACAGGGAGAACAAGCAGGAGACGGCUCGAAUGGAUGAUGCUGUAGCACGCCGAACAGCCAUACCUAUGGAGCAGCAGCAACAGCAAAUGGACCCAAAGGCAUAUGAAUCUGAGCGAAGGACAGGACAGUCCCCAUAUGGCCCCUCUACAGUUCCUGGGAGCAAGCAGCAAAACCAAUCGACUAUGUCAUACACUGAGACAAGUAAAGACAAAGGUGCCCCUCCAGUGAGCCACUAUGCUGAGGAACUUAGGAAACGUGGGAAAACUACUAUCAGUGCAGCUAACUUCAUUGAUGUGAUUAUUACACGGCAGAUUGCCUCUGAUAAGGAUGGCAGAGACCGAGGAUCUCAGAGCUCAGAUUCCACUAUUAGUUUAUCCUCUCACCGGUCUGGUGGAGAUGCCAUCGAAGUGAUUAGUCCUGUGGGAUCCCCUGCUCAGAACCAGGAGAAGUCAGAGAAUUACCAACCAGAAACACCCAGACCUGUUCAGGGAGAAGGUGAGUCUACUAAUAUACCCAGUGAAGGACAGCUGAAUAGAUAUCGCUCACAGCCUCUCUCUCCAUCACCGCAACAACCUCCAACGUCACAGGCAGAUGCUCAAGUGCCAAAAACGCACAGACAUAUCACAUUGGCUGAUCAUAUAUGUCACAUCAUCACCCAGGAUUUUGCGAGAAGUCAUGCCCUCUCUCAGGCUAAUCAGCAGCCAGCCACAUCUACAUUCCAGACUUCUAAUUCAGCCACUAAUGCUGCACCAGUAAGAUCCAAGAUCUCCCGGUUUAGUCCCGAGUCUCAAUCAUCGCUGCAGGUCCACCAGCAACGAUCAACGUUUAGAGUUUCUCCUGAAAAUUUCAGUGAUAAGUCUAGAACAAGACCUGGAAAAUCCCCUCAGAGAAGCCAUAUUGUUCCAGAAUCGUAUGAACCAAUCUCUCCUCCUCAGACCUUAAAUGUGCAUGAGAAGCAAGAAGCUGUGAUGGUGCUUUCCCAAAGAACGGAACCAGCAGAGCAAAGGAGUGACUCUCGCUCCCCUGGGAAUUAUGGGUAUCUUCCUGCAUUUUUCACCAAGUUGGAGAACACAUCUCCCAUGGUCAAGUCCAAGAAGCAAGAGAUAUUUCGUAAGUUGAAUUCUUCUGGUGGCGGUGACUCUGAGAUGGCCAACACCCAGCCGGGAACUGAAAUUUUCAACUUGCCAGCUGUCACAACUUCAGGUGCAGUCAGCUCACGGAGUCAUGCAUGUGCCGAUCCUGCUAGUAACCUCGGUCUGGAGGAUAUUAUCAGAAAAGCACUAAUGGGGAAUAUUGAGACUAAGGUGGAAGGCCCUGCAACAGCCAUUUCACAGUCUGUCUGCACAGCUGGAACAAGUGUGAAUCCUGCGGUGUCAGCAGCUGUGGAUGCUCGAAGAGAAGAAGCAAACCCCUCUCCAAAUUCAGGCAUCACAGUUGGAAAGCAAAAGCUGGUUGUGAAGUCCAACAGCAGAAAGUCUAAAUCUCCAAUUCCUGGUCAAGGGUAUGUGGGAACUGAAAGACCAUCUUCAGUGUCCUCAGUACAUUCAGAAGGAGAUUAUCACAGGCAAACAUCAGCAUGGCCUUGGGAGGACAGGCCAUCAUCUACCGGUUCAACACAGUUUGCUUACAAUCCUUUGACUAUCAGAAUGCUCAGCAGUACACCACCAACGUCCAUGGCCUGUGCUCCAACAUCCAUGGCUCAAGCAGCAUCACAUCAGCAAAACAGAGUAUGGGACAGGGAGCCAGCACCGUUACUGUCAGCACAAUAUGAAACAUUAUCAGAUAGUGAUGACUGAGUUUCACUUGCAGCUGAAUGCCAGGCAGUCGAAAUGAUUUCUCAUAUCGUGUGCUGCAGAUAAUGGACUCGUAAUUGAAGCCAGAUUUGGAAACUGUGAAGAAAAUAAUCAGUCUGGUCAUGCACAUGUAAAAAUUAAGUUUGCCAUGGACAAAUGCUGAAUGUAGAAAAGAAAACUAAGAAAAAAUAAAUAUGUAAAAAUGUUUCUUUUAUCUUUGUAAAGAGAAGCAUAGAUGUCAUAAAAUUAUUCUUAUGUAAAUAGUCCUUUUGCAGUGUUUUUGUUGCUAUGGAAUCUUGUGUACUUUUUCAUUUUAAUCAUUGCAUCAGUUUUGAGGUCAGUUUGUAAUUUUUUUUUGUUUUAAUUUAAAACAUUUCCCAAAUGUAUAUAGAGCAUGCCCAUUUUCACAGUACAUGUCCCUGUAACAGGCAACUCAAAUGCCAUUGCUGCUCCUUGUCACAAAUAUUAUGUUCCUUAAAGUAUUUCCGGUGUUUGUGCCCUAGUAAAAAAAAAAAAAAAAAAAAAAAAUCUUCAGCAGACCUCAUCUGUUUUUUUCUUAACCCAGAAGACCACUUUUUGCCUUUAGUUUUUUUUACGUUGUAUUUCUGCUACACUGUAAAUAAUAAAGACAGUUUAACUGUUCUAAUAUUGCAGAAAUAUUGAUGCAUGGUUAUCUUAUGAUUCUGGUGUAACCAGUGUAAAGAUUUUAGGGGUACCUUGUUCUGUACACUUUUAAUUAAAUUGGCAGAAUUCAGUAUUUAAUUAUUUCUGAAUUUUGUAUACCCCUCCAGGCCUCAACUGAAGCAGAUUUUAUUAAAAAUGUUAAUGACCACAA